AUGAAAGAGCUUGUCCUCAGCCAUUUCCUCAAUCCAAAGUACAGUGAUUUAUCUAUCAUGUGUGGUGAUGAAGUCUUCCCAGCUCACCAGAACAUUGUCUGUCCCCAAUCAACGUACUUUGAAAUCGCCUGUGAUGGUGGGUUUAAGGAAGGUAACGGAGAGAUACAGCUCGACGAUCGCGACCCUAUGCUCGUCUGGAAGGUGCUUGAAUUUUUGUACACAGGCGACUUUACCUAUGAAGCAAGCGGCGACUUCAACGCAGAGAAUGUUUCUGAGGAUCUUCCCCAAACAGACCUAGCUACGGAUCUCCAGGAAGAUGCAGGGACAGAAGUAAUCUCACACUCAGAGGGGAAUACCAGCAGUGCAAACCCACGAACCGGCCAGGCCUUUUUCCAUGCCCAAAUGUACGCACAAGGUGCCUAUUUUCAAAUAAACGGGUUGAAAAUCAGGGCAAAGGAGUACUUCGAGAAGUCCUUCAAGGAAUUCCCAGACCGAGAGUCAUUCACCUCUGCGGUGCUUGAGGUGUACGGCUCAACAGGAGGCUAUGACCGAGGACUCAGGGACCUUGUCGUCCAGAUGGCAACGGAUAACCUUGUGCUUCUGAGGGCUAGCGAGAAUCCCAUAUUGGACGGCGUCCUUUUGGAAGCGGUUCCCAACUUCAUGUUGGACAUUUGUCUUUCCGCCUUGGACAGGUGCGCUAAGUAUCAGAGGGAAUAUAAGAGAUGGGGUUACUACAAUUAG